AGUAGGCUUCGUAACGUCUCUCCGCGGCAGCGUCAUGGAUGCUCAGUUGAACGCGGGGAUCGAGAGUCGAUCGCAUCGUAGGACUUGAAGCGGAGCUUGUGGGAUUUAUGAGACUCGUUGCUAAAUAGUUCAUCAGACUAAAGGCGUGACAACACCCGCGCGCAGAGACUGACGCAUCGGUGAAACAAAGCGUUUGUUUCGCAGAGAGCACGAGUGGAAUCAAGAUGUCACAUUCAGCUAACGGUAUCUGAGCUCACGGACGCCAAUAGAGCAUUGUUAUUGUUUUUAUGCCAACGGUUUUCUGCAGGUUUCAUUCGGUUCAUGGCGUUUGAUUUGAAAUCUUGCGAAGAGCGAGUAAGUUGCGCGUGGACUUGGAUGAUAGCAGGUGCAUGAUCGCAUCCCCUAUGAACCGCGAGAGCAAUGUGAUUCACCCGCGGUUAUUCACGACGCAUAUUAGUGUUUAAAUAAGAUCUGAAGAUAAACCAGCAUUUAUUUGCUUGCAUUGCUUUUCGUUUCUCCAUUGCAUUGCGAUAAAGUACCAGUCUCGUGAUGUUCAGAUUUACUGUUGCAUACUGAAUCAAUGCCACUCGAAUGCGUUUAAUUCAUUAAAUCUAAAACGUCUUGUUUAUUUAGAUUUUUUUUGUAGAUUACUACUGUUUGAUUCUAGAUAUGCUGUAAAUAUCAAAUAGCUAUAAUUACUGCCUUAAAUUUUUAAUUGAACUCAAAGUGCUGCCAAAGUCAUUAAUAACCUGCAGUGAUAAGUUCAUUGCACUUUUUUUUUUUACCACUUCAAAACUAAUUACUCAAAGAAGAUGCGUAAAAAUCUAAGUUAAAUUAAUGAAAACAAAUUGGAAAUGCAUAAUAAGGAUAUGCUUUUGUAUGAUGUGGUUUCAUGCUAAAUAUUGCAUUUGUUAAUUGAGUGGUUUUAUUUAAAAUAUCAUUAAAUCAUCCCAGAAAGGAGCAGAUUCACAAUUAAGGUUCUACAUUGAGGUUCUACUGUCAGAUUAUGUUGUUUUGUUAAUUAAAUGCGAAACCGCAAUGUUAAAAAGUUAGACUGGUCAUUUGAGCGAAAGCUUUAAAUCCAGAGGAUGAUCCUGUCUGAAGUGGCUGGACUGCUGUCAGAGCGGCUUUCUCAAGAUUAACAGCCCGCUGCUCUUUUCUUUGACUGUUUGCCUACAAUCAAAUCAUCUAUGGGACUAUUCUCCAUCUUUACCUGUUUUUAAAACUUGUUUGUGCUAAAUGGGAAUUAAAUGAAGUCCAUUUGAGGUCAUUAACAGUGACAUGGCUUGCAAAUCAUGUUUGAUCCUUCUAUAGAGUUAGAAUAGUAAGAACCCCGUUGAGGAAAUGGCUUGUCUUUAAAGUGAGAAGCAGCUGACUUUUUUCCGCUGCUGUAAUGUGACAUUGCAACAUUUUUUUUUUUUGAAGCGUGCCAAACCGAGAAGCAGCUGACAUAUUGUAACUAUGAGUUUGUGACAUAAGCAGUCUUAAUUUUAGCAAAACAAGACUGAUUCUGCUGCUGUCUGGAGAAAUAUGACAUUGUGAUGCUACAAAUUUAAGUGCGGCGAACUGAGAAGCAGCUGACACUUUCAUUCUGCUGCUGUUGCGAAGAUGAGAUUGUGAUACCGGGGGUUUAGUUGCGGCAAACCGAACCUGAUGCUGCUGCUGCAAAUAUGACAUUGUGACAUCAGGACUCGUUCUCUGAAGCGCCAGACCAAAGAGCGGCUCACGCUCUCUUUUUAGCUGCUGCUGCUGCUGAUGAUGCUGCAGCUGCGAAAAUGCUGCGAUUCCCUGUGAAGAAGAUACGAAAGCAGUUCAAACUUCUGCUGCUGCUGGUGCUGCUCACGUUUGCCGUGUGGUUUACAUACCUCCACAUCAACCAGGGCAAAUCCAUCAAACUCCACUUCAACUAUGGAAAAGAUGGUGAGAGGCCAAUGGAGGGAACUGAUACCAGCCGGAAGAGAGACUCACGUUCAUCAGACAAGUACCGAAAAAGCGAAGACGCCAGCAACAGCCAGGAGGAGGAAAAUGCACAGGAGGAUGAGCCCAACGCUGGGACCCUUCAUGAUAAAGAUCAAGCUGAAAUCCGCAAGUUCAUCACACAGAAGUACAAAAAGUUGCCAUGGAAACCAGAGUUUAAAGGUCAGGCGAAUCUCCACGUCUUUGAGGACUGGUGUGGCUCCUCAGUCGCUCAGCUCAGGAAGAACCUGCAUUUCCCCCUCUACCCCCAUACGAGAACUGUUGUGAAGAAGCUGGCCGUGGCUCCAAAAUGGAAGAACUAUGGCCUGAGAAUAUUCGGAUACAUCCUUCCUUACAAAGAUGGUGAUUUUCAGUUUGCGGUUUCUUCCGAUGAUAACUCCGAGUUCUGGCUGAGUUCAGAUGACAGUCCUCUCAACGCUCGUCUCAUGGCCUAUGUGGGAAAGCUGGGAUCUGAAUGGACCGCGCCAGGAGAGUUUACCAAGUUCCGAUCUCAGGUGUCCAAGUCUGUGCAUCUCAUGGCCUCCAGACGAUACUACUUCGAGAUUCUCCACAAGCAGGAUGACAAAGGCUCGGAUCAUGUUGAAGUCGGGUGGCGCCCUUUCCUGCCAGGACUCAAGUACGAGGUCAUCGAUUCUGCCUACAUCUCCUUGUAUACAGAUGAGAGCAGUUUGAAGAUGAACCAUGUGGAUCACAUUCCUCAGACACUGGCCAGCCAUGGGCCUGUCCCAGCAGUGACCCACACCCGCAGCAAACACGGUGCCGAUAUGCUGCAACCAGACCCGCGCGACACCUUCUUCAACAUUCCCAUGAUUGACCCCUCUCAUCUUGAAAAUGUGUUGCCCACCUGUCUCUACUCGCCAACAUAUGUGGUCAAAGACUUCCCUAUCGCACGCUAUCAAGGCCUGCAGUUUGUCUAUCUUUCUUUUGUCUAUCCCAAUGACUUCACCCGCCUCACACACAUGGAAAGAGAUAACAAGUGCUUCUAUAGAGAGUCACCCAUCUAUUUGGAGAAGUUUGGCUUCUAUAAAUACAUGAAGAUGGAUGAGGAGGAAGAUGACAGGCCAUUCUUCUUCCCUAAUCCUGAUGAUUUUCUUGAAGAAGAAGAGGGGGUGGAUCCAGAGGAUGAAGCACAAGUUGUUGGCACCUUGUCAGUAACAAAGACUGUCCAACCUAGCCACUCAAGUCACACCUCAAGCCCCUCUGAUAAACCCAUUCCCACAAUGGUGGAGAAAAAAGAGGUAGAGCCAGGCAACCCAACAUUUAGGAGAGAGCAAAGGCGCUUUUUCACAAGAGCAAGGCAAGUGGUUGGGUCUCAACCUCAAGAGACAGACCAAGGCACUCUGGACCAUCAGGCUAAGGUAGGGUUACCAAAAAGUGAGAGUGUCGUGCGAGGUCGUUCUCUCACUUGGGUUCAAAGAGACCGCCGGGACCUCAGAGGGGGUUGGUCAGAAGAUCGCUUACAGAAAAUAAGCAGAUCUGCUUUGCUUUUCCCGCCAAAAUCCUCAUUGGUGGCCCUCAACAGUCGUGCUAAACAAACCCUCAGCAGUCCUGCCCUCGCCGUUCCUUCCCCAGGUAACAACCAUGCUCAUGACAACAGCCACAAUCCUGGAAAUAGCCACACCAACAAGGAGCGCAAGAAGGAGGACAACAAAAUCUACGUCACAAGACCUCGCCCUGCUAAGGAGAAGCAAAGUCUUGUUUCACGCCAACCCAGAGAGGUCUUCCCGGGCGUUUUCCUGUACCAGAAUGGCAAGACCACAAAGCUGGUGAACCUCAGUGCCAAACCAAAGCUCAGCAAAGGAGCUUUACGUGCAUCCCAGUUAUUUGCACGCUCUUCUCUGCAUGAAAACAAGGUCUUUCCAGCGAGCCCCAACUUCAGCAAGCCAGCUGAAAAUCCCAUGCCCCCAAACAGAGCAGCAAUCCCAAGCCGCUUUGAGAGAAGGAUACGAGGCGUCUGGGAAAAACACCAGCGUCCCUUGAGGCCCAUCGCCACCGCUCGACCACCUCCUGCGCCCACCCCUCCGUCCGCUAACUCCUCUGAGAACAUGCCUCCAACUGAGCCUCUCCGUGUCACUUCCUACUUGCAAACCUCUGAGAUUACUGAGUCCCAACAGCAGCGGCAGGACACGAACCCAGAACCAGAGGAGGACGGAGGCCUUUCGGAGUAUAGCUAUGAGGAUGUGGAGCCUCGCCCCGGGUGGGCGGAGGAGGCCAUUAAUUGGCAGAGGACGUUUUCCGUUAAUAGCAUGGACUUUGAGACAUUGCGCUCUGACUGGAAUGAUCUCCGGUGCAACGUAUCUGGAAACCUGCAGCUAUCUGAAAGCGAAGUGGUGGACGUUCUUGCACAGUACAUGGAGAAACUCAAUGAACUUAAUGGAGGGAUUUAUACUCUCCUCCGCAUUAUAAAUGUAGAGAAGCGGCGUGACUCUGCACGUGGUAACCGCUACCUGAUAGAGCUGGAGCUAAUGGAGAGAGGUCGUAAAGUGGUCCGUCUGUCUGAGUACAUCUACAUGCUGUUGCACCGUGGUCGGGUAGAAGACAGUCUGGAGAAUAUGGAAGGGGUCACAGCAUCAUCCCCCUCUUCCCCUAUCGCCAGCCCACCUGCUCCACCUUCCCGCACACCUACCCGAGGGGCCCACGGCACCCCGCAGUGGGGCACAGUGUAUGCCAAACCCCUCCUGUGCCAGCCAGUGAUGCUGCAGUGGAAAAAGAAUGUCAUGGUGCAUUUUGUGGUACCAGUGAAGAAUCAGGCGCGUUGGGUUCAGCAGUUCAUCUCAGACAUGGAGUUCCUGCACCGUGAGACCAAGGACAACAACUUCAACAUCAUCAUCGUGGACUUCCAGAGUGAAGACAUGGACGUGGAACAGGCUCUCAGAGAAAGCUCCGUUCCACGAUAUGAGUAUCUGAGGAGAGAAGGAAACUUUGAACGUUCUGCUGGGUUACAGAUCGGUGUGGACACCAUCGAGGACAGUCACAGUAUCGUGUUUCUGUGUGACCUGCACAUUCAUUUCCCUCUGAACAUCCUGGAGAGCAUCAGGAAACACUGUGUGGAGGGCAAACUGGCCUUCGCUCCGAUAGUGAUGAGACUGGGCUGCGGCAGCUCCCCGCAGGAGCCUGACGGUUACUGGGAGGUCAACGGCUUCGGCCUGUUUGGGAUCUACAAGUCCGACUUUGACAAGAUUGGUGGGAUGAACACGGAGGAGUUUAAGGACCGCUGGGGAGGAGAAGACUGGGAACUACUGGACAGAGUUCUACAAAACGGUCUGGAGGUUGAGCGUUUAAGACUGAGAAACUUCUUUCACUACUAUCACUCGAAAAGAGGCAUGUGGAACUCACAGUCCAGUAAAGCUCCUAAAGGAUAAAACUGAGCCUCGCUGAGAGACUUCAAACUAACUCUGCACGAGAACGGGACCUUAAAGGACCAAACCGUUGUGUCUCUGGGACCCUUUGGUGAGGCCCGUCUCAUACAGGAGGACCCGUGACACUGCCAAGCUGCUGUCCAAACUCACACUGGAAAGAGCCACAGAGACUCAUUCACCGAGUGUGUAUUUGUGUGUAUCUCUGUCUGUUAGGUCAGAAGUGAAACUUGAGUGAUUACUGAACAUUUAAAGGAAAUGGUUUCAAUAUUAACUCCAAAACUAGCAGCUCAGGCACUUUGGGUCACAUAGAUAUGGUUUGCACUUAAGAUAUUACCUGCUGAAGUUAUUGUCUAAAGGUUUAGAUGUGCGCUGGUACUUAGACGUCUGCUUUUAUACAACUGUAAAUGUCACUUCCUGUUCAGGAGCGACGCCUUCUUACACUUGAAAUGAUCUGAUAUGUGGCGACUCCUUUCUAAAGUCCUGCUGAACUUCUGGACACGACUGGACCAAGAAUGGCCUGUCGAGCUAUGAUAUUCAAAUUAUUAAUCUUUGCAUUUGUCUGUAUGUCUGAGCUGCUUCCUUUCCUCGUUUCCGGUUGGUUUCAGAAGAGGUUUGGUCUUUACUGGCUAGUUUCACAGAUGCAGAAAAACCUUUCAGACUUCUGUUUUAGUCUGGGUUUUAGGCUAGCCGUAAUCUCGGUCCCAUUGAUGCAGUAGCCAUUUCUACAGAGCUUAACCGUGGGAUAAAGAUGUUCUUCAGAAGCUGUGUGCCUUUCUUUGAUGUAAUUUAACAUGGCAGUCCAUACAGGGUUAAGAAGGAGACCUGAUGUUUAGCUGUCUGGGUUGUGUAAGUCCCCAAAUAGCAUUGUUUUAUGGAGAUGAUUGAAUAGUAAAAACAUGUUUAGAAAGAAAAUAAAUGUUUUUUAAUCGAAUUUUGGACUUGUCCAGAGUUUUCACCUAUUGUUUGUUCCAUUUUUAAAGAAAUGUUCCAGAUUCUUUUCACCCUCGAAAGUGGAUGUUUUACCACAAAAAAUAAGUUUGACUUCUUUCCCAGCUUGUACAGACAAACACAAUUUGUGUUUACAGUAAAGGACAUAAAACAGAAGUAUAUGGGGUACUAAAUAUAACAUUGUAGAUGUUAACAUGAGACGUGUGGUAGAAUAAGUUAUUUAAAAUGCUGUAAGAACCACAAAAAGACGGUAAAGAUGGCAAGUUAUGCAAAAAAGAAAUACCGGAAACUAAAGUGAUAUAACUAUUAAUUAACUACUUUUAAAAUCCACCUUUGUUGGCAUUCAUCCACCUUAAACUGUAGCCCAAAGAUAAAGUGUUGUUUACUUUAGACAGCAUUACAUCUCAAAUAACACCUAUUUUUCUGCGAAAAUCAUUUAAAAACCAAAAAUAGCUGUAGUUUCAGCUAUUGCAUAGUCUGGUAUAUCUUGCUCCAUAUACUUCCAUUGUAAUUGCGUUACUGUAAAUGCGAAAUUUACAAUAUGGACGAGUCUAAGUGAUUUUUUCGGUGAUAUUCGACUGUAUUUUGUUUGACUACAUAUAUUUGAUUAAAACAAUGUCUUACACUGAUACGGGCAGCUUGAGUGUGUGAAAUGAUGUAUCGUUAUGUCACUAUACCGUACAAGCAUCUGCAACAUACAAACGACCAUGUUUACAAGCUGGCAUAAAACUUUGACGUGUUUUUAUUUCAUAUCAGAAAUACCGAGACUUAUAAAGUUCAACGUGUGCGUAAAACUUCAUCUUUUUAAAGAGUAGCCUAAAUGGAGAUGUUUCUUUCUUCUAUUCCUCGUCUUGGUUCGAUGUAAUUUCUGGCUGCCUAUUUAAAACGAAACGUAGACAGGACACUAAUACAUUACGCUUAAUACAGGGAUCUGCAUUACAAGGUAAUUUCUGUGAAAUUGUUGUGUUAGAAAUUUUUCAGAAUGUUUGCAUUUUAUUUUAACAUUUUUGGGUUCCUUUUUCUGAAAAAUAAAGUUGAAAGUUGAAGCA